GAGAAGGAGAACUUCGUCAUCACUCCGAGGGCCACCGACUACUCCCAGUGGUACCAGGACGUGAUCCAGGCAGCUCAGAUGGUGGACCAGAGUCCCGUCAAGGGAUGUAUGGUGAUUCGACCUUGGGGCAUGGCGGUAUGGGACGAGCUCAAGGACGAGCUGAACAGGAGGAUCAAGGAGACGGGGACGCAGAACGCCUACUUCCCCCUCUUCAUCCCGAUGUCCUUCCUGUCCAAGGAGGCCGAGCACGUGGAGGGGUUUGCCAAGGAAUGCGCCGUUGUCACCCACCAUCGCCUCUGCGCGGAUCCGAGCGGGAAGGGGCUGAUGGCAGACCCCGAGGCGAAGCUGGAAGAGCCUCUCAUCGUCCGACCGACGUCUGAGACCAUCAUCUGGGACAUGUUCCGCAAGUGGAUCAGCUCCUACCGCGACCUGCCCCUCAAGGUGAACCAGUGGGCCAACGUUGUGCGCUGGGAGCUAAGGACCCGCCCGUUCCUGCGGUCCGCAGAGUUCCUGUGGCAGGAGGGGCACACGGCGCAUGCGAGCAAGGAGGAGGCGGACGGAUGUGCGAGGGAGAUGCUGGAUGUGUACGCUGAGGUGGCUGAAGGGAUCCUGGCGAUCCCCGUGGUGAAGGGAACAAAGAGUCCCUCGGAGAGAUUCGCAGGAGCAGACGAGACGUACACGAUCGAGGCGCUCAUGCAGAACGGAUGGGCGCUGCAGAGCGGUACCAGCCACUUCCUGGGUCAGAACUUCGCCAAGGCGUUCGAUGUGAAGUUUCAGAAUGCUGAUCAGAGCGCGGAGCUGGUGUGGGCCACGUCAUGGGGUGUGAGCACGAGGCUGCUCGGAGCUCUCGUGAUGACUCACUCCGACGACGCUGGGCUGGUUCUUCCUCCCCAAGUCUCUCCUGUACAGGUUGUGAUCAUCCCUGUUGGCCGUGGAAAGAAGGAGAACGACGAGAAGAAAGUGACAGCAGCAUUGAAGAGCCAGGGUAUCCGAUACAAAGUUGACGACAGCAGAGACAACAUGAAGCCUGGCCCAAAGUUCUACGAGUGGGAGAGGAGAGGAGUUCCGCUGCGAGUCGAAGUUGGACCUCGCGAUGUUGACGCAAACAAGGUGAGAGGAGAAGACGAUGGGAGAGGAGACCUCCCCUUCGAUCAGACCAACUUCGCUCAAGACAUCAAGAAGCAGCUUCAGGACAUUCAAACUGGACUGCUCGACGCUGCCCGUAAGAGGUUGGAGGAGAACACCAAGACCGUUGCGUCAUACGAUGAGCUCAAGACCAAGCUCGAGAAUGGUGAAACUGGAUUUUUCCUCGUCCCAUGGAAGGACGACGCUGUCAACGAGGAGACGAUCAAGACAGAGACCAAGGCCACCAUCCGCUGCUUCCCCUUCGCUCACAACGGGCCAGGAGCCGUCAACGGCAAGAAGUGCUUCUACUCCGGCAAGGACGCGACACACAUGGCUCUCUUUGCUCGCGCUUUU